UUGCAGCGUGGUGCGUGACAUGAAGGCAAGACGAGCCUUUACUCCUGUCGCAGGCAUUGGCUUCUCGCUAUCUAGACAAAUUAGCGAGACACCACAGAACACGGGCUACCUGAGAAAACUGUGACUGGGGAGGAAUAGGGAAUCUGAACGGUUAUGAAGCCAACUAUCACCUGCGCCUCCUCAGUAACACGUUGCCUUGGAGACAUUUCUUCAUUAGGCUGUGUUUGGAAAUGCCCGAGAAAUGAGAGCUCUGCUGUACCCAGAGUGGAAUAGAAGGCUUCAGAGAUAUUUCAUCAGCCAGUGGGUCCUGGUGCCUCCCUUCCAGGCAUGAAGUUUCCCUGAGCGCACACGAGGUGCGUUUGUGGUGUACCCAAAAUGAGCCUCUUGUUUCUCCUCAUGCUUUUGCUGUCAGAGGAUAAUGGGUCGGCAAGCGUUGGGUUCCUGGUGGAUGCACAGUCUAACGAGCGGCGGGUGGUGGCCCACACCUCUGGAGACAUCAUCAUCGGGGCCCUGUUCUCUGUCCACCACCAGCCCCCGGCCGACAAGGUGCACGAGCGCAAGUGCGGGGCGGUGCGGGAGCAGUACGGGAUCCAGCGCGUGGAGGCCAUGCUGUACACCCUGGACCGCAUCAACGCCGACAACAAGAUCCUGCCCAACAUCACGCUGGGCUGCGAGAUCCGAGACUCCUGCUGGCACUCCGCUGUGGCCCUGGAGCAGAGCAUCGAGUUCAUCCGGGACUCCCUGGUGUCCACCGAGGAAGAGGAGGGCAUGAUGCGCUGCUCCGAGAGAGGCGCCACGCCCAUGCGCGGGAAGAAGCCCAUCGUGGGCGUGAUCGGACCCGGGUCCAGCUCGGUGGCCAUCCAGGUGCAGAACCUGCUGCAGCUCUUUAACAUCCCCCAGAUUGCCUACUCCGCUACCAGCAUGGACCUCAGUGACAAGUCCCUGUACAAGUACUUCAUGAGAGUGGUGCCCUCUGACGCCCAGCAAGCCCGGGCCAUGGUUGACAUUGUCAAGAGGUACAACUGGAGCUACGUGUCGGCCAUCCACACAGAAGGGAACUACGGGGAGAGCGGCAUGGAGGCGUUCAAAGACAUGGCCGCCAAAGAGGGGAUCUGCAUCGCGCACUCGGACAAGAUCUACAGCAACGCCGGGGAGCCGGGCUUCGACAAGCUGCUGCGGAAACUCCGGGGCCACCUGCCCAAGGCGCGCGUGGUGGCCUGCUUCUGCGAGGGCAUGACCGUGCGCGGCAUCCUCAUGGCCAUGCGCCGCCAGAAGCUGGUGGGGGAGUUCCUGCUGCUCGGGAGUGAUGGCUGGGCUGACCGCUAUGAUGUCACAGAUGGAUUUGUCCGAGAGGCCGCCGGUGGCAUUACCAUCAAGCUGCAGUCAGCUGAUGUCAAGUGGUUCGAUGACUACUACCUGAAGCUGAGGCCUGAGACCAACCUGCGUAACCCCUGGUUCCCCGAGUUCUGGCAGCACCGCUUCCAGUGUCGCCUCAAAGGCCACCCCCAGGAGAGCUUCAAGUACAACCGCACCUGUGGCAGGAAAGAGAACCUCCGGCAGCAGUACGCACAGGACACCAAGAUGGGCUUUGUUAUUAAUGCCAUCUACUCUAUGGCCUAUGGGCUCCACAACAUGCAGAGAGCGCUGUGCCCGGGAUACAGUGGCCUGUGUGAUACCAUGAGGCCCAUCGAUGGCAGGAAGCUCCUGGACUUCCUCAUGAAGACAAACUUCACGGGCGUGUCCGGGGAGGGAAUUCUAUUUGAUGAGAACGGAGACUCCCCUGGGAGGUAUGAAAUCAUGAACUUUAAGAAGAUGGGAAAGGACUACUACGACUACAUCAACGUGGGAAGCUGGGACAACAGCGGGCUGAAAAUCGAUGAUGACGAGAUCUGGGCCAACAAGAACGCCAUCAUCAAGUCGGUCUGCAGCGAGCCCUGUGACAAGGGCCAGAUAAAGGUGAUCCGUAAAGGCGAGGUCAGCUGCUGCUGGACCUGCACUCCCUGCAAAGACAAUGAGUUUGUCUUCGACGAGUAUACCUGCCGUGCUUGCAUCCUGGGCUCCUGGCCCACAUAUGACCUCACAGGCUGUGACCCCAUUCCUGUGGAGUACCUCCGCUGGGGCGACCCUGAGCCCAUCGCUGCCGUGGUCUUCGCCUGCCUCGGCCUACUGGCCACUUUCUUCGUCACCUCCAUUUUUAUCAUUUACCGGGACACGCCGGUGGUGAAGUCCUCCAGCCGCGAGCUCUGCUACAUCAUCCUGGCGGGCAUCUGCCUGGGCUACCUCUGCACCUUCUGCCUCAUCGUCAAGCCGCACGUGGUCUACUGCUACCUGCAGAGAGCGGGCAUCGGCCUGUCGCCUGCCAUGAGCUACUCCGCUCUGGUCACCAAGACCAACCGCAUCGCCCGCAUCCUGGCCGGCAGCAAGAAGAAGAUCUGCACCAAGAAGCCGCGCUUCAUGAGCGCCUGCGCCCAGCUGGUCAUAGCCUUCAUCCUCAUCUUCCUCCAGCUCAGCAUCAUCGUCGGCCUUUUCGUCAUGCAGCCGCCCGAGGUCAUCCACGACUACCCCAGCAUCCGCGAGGUCAAGCUCAUCUGCAAAACCACCAACCUGGGCGUGGUGGCGCCGCUGGGCUACAACGGCCUGCUCAUCCUCAGCUGCACCUUCUACGCCUUCAAGACGCGCAACGUGCCGGCCAACUUCAACGAGGCCAAGUACAUCGCCUUCACCAUGUACACCACCUGCAUCAUCUGGCUGGCCUUCGUGCCCAUCUACUUCGGCAGCAACUACAAGAUCAUCACCAUGUGCUUCUCUGUGAGCCUGAGCGCCACGGUGGCGCUGUGCUGCAUGUUCGUGCCCAAGGUCUACAUCAUCCUGGCCAAGCCGGAGCGCAACGUGCGCAGCGCCUUCACCACCUCCACCGUGGUGCGCAUGCACGUGGGCGACGGCAAGUCCUCCUCCGCCGCCAGCCGCUCCAGCAGCCUGGUGAACCUGUGGAAGCGCCGGGGGUCCUCCGGGGAGACGCUCAGCUCAAACGGAAAGUCAGUCACCUGGGCGCAGAAUGAAAGAGGCAGCCGAGGAAACCAUCUGUGGAAACGACUGUCCUUCCACAUCAAGAAGAGAGAGAGCAACCAAACGGCCGUGAUCAAACCCUUCUCCAAGACCUCGGAAAGCCGCUACGGAGGCGACAUCACACCCGAGUCCGGAGCCAAGAUGCUGUACGAGGUCGCGGAGGCGGAGGAGCACUACCCGGUGACGUACCGGCCGCAGACGCCCUCACCCAUCAGCACGGUGAGCCAGCGCGCCGCCUCCCUGGUCUGCGCCCACGAGGACCCGGCGGUGCCCACCUACCUGAACGAGCAGCCCCAGCACAGCGGCUCCUCCCAGGGCUCCCUCAUGGACCAGAUCAGCUGCGUGGUCAACCGCUUCACCGCCAACAUCAGUGAACUCAACAGCAUGAUGCUCCUCCCGGGCCCCUCAGGGGCCGGGGCUGCCUCCGACCCCUGCCCCCCGCCCUUCCUCAUCCCCCGCGAGAUCCAGCUGCCCACCACCAUGACCACCUUCGCCGAGGUGCAGCCCAUGCCUGCCCUGGAGGACGGCGCCUGCCCUCAGGCCGUCGACAAAAUGUCCUCUGCCACCGUCAAGGACGCAACCUCGGAGUCCUCGGCCGCCAAGACCGACCUGGAGGAGCUGGUGGCCCUCACGCCACCCUCGCCUUUCAGGGAUUCCGUCGAUUCGGGCAGCGCCUCACCCACGUCGCCUGUGUCCGAGUCCGCCCUCUGCAUCCCGUCCUCCCCCAAGUAUGACAGACUGGUGCUGCGAGACUACAGCCAGAGCUCCUCAUCCUUGUGAAGAGCACAGACAGGUAAAGGGUGGGGUGGGGGGGGGUAGGGGUUGGGGAAGAAGAAAACCCCCUGUGAACAAAUGUUGGCAAAAUGUGACAGUGCGAUGAUGACAGCGCCUGACAACUACGAGAGCAACGCGCCUACUGUGUCUUCUAUGUUUACAAUAGUUUUGGUAGCUGAAGUAUAAAGUAGAGGAGAUAGACAGCGGUGACCGAUCCAACUGAUGAAGCUACUGAGGAAACAGAAUGGUUUGGAAGAAGAUUUAAAAAAUGGUUUGAGUUCCAAUCCUUUGGAGUCUUUUUGAGUUAGAUUGGUUUUCAUUUGGUAGUGGCCUUACACAAACACGGCUUUCAAAUAAUUAGAACAGUUUUAGAAUCAGGCAUCUGUGGGCAUCCAUUCCCUGAGGACCCACACCUCCAUAGUGUUGGCUUUGCUUGGAGGGCCUGAAGAAAGGAAAGGCUGAGGGAAAUGAUACCGUCCGUGGGAGCUGUGUGGCGUGGGUGCCUAGACCAUGCCACAGAACAGUCCAUCUGGUCUGCCUGGGCUACACUGUAAAUAUAAAGGAAUUUGGUCCUUGAUGGAAAGUUAGACAUGUUACUACGAAGUGCUUAGUUUGACUACCAAGAAAAAGUGUACAUAUAAAAUCGCAUUUGUCAUAUGAAGCUUUUUUCUUCUAAUAUUUCUUUCUUUAUGACUUUAUAUUGUUAUUUCUUUGUAUUUAUUUUUUUUCCAGACCAGACUCUUCAUGAUUUUGAAUGUACACUGUAAUUCUCGAAAGACGUGGGACCAAAAUGAUCUUGUACCUCUUGAGUGUUUGGGAAAGGGUUGUCCAUAGGAUAAAGUGGUCUACAUAGAUCUGAAGUGACUGACGUUAGCAUUUACUCAGACUGUACUGUACUGUACUGAUUCAAUGUUUAAAACUGAAAGUGUUUAAACGUUAGUUUAACAAAGUGAAUUUCUUAUUUGAGUGAAAAAUGGUAAAUUUAUGGCAGCAUAUUUCAUAUUAAAACAUCAACCAUCAAUCAUUUAAUGUUAAUAUUGUUGUGGGUUAUUAAAGGCCAACUGAUUCUUGUUUCACUCAUGGUAUUUCCCCCAUAUAAUAAGGGCUCUUAUGUAUUUGAAAUGCAUAUUAUCCUGCAGUGCUGGUACACUUUCUACCCCCUUUCAGCUCUGAAUACAGAGGGUGACCCUAAAAUAGCAAAUAUCAAGAUGAAAUUGAUGAAAACAUAAAAACACAGCUGUAAUUAAUACAAAUGUCAAAGAGCAUAACUUGAUUUACUACAAAAUUAUGAUUACUACUGUCUGUUCACCAAGAUGCCAAUAAGUACAAAAUUUAUUUUCUAUUUAGCAUAGCAUAUAUCUGUUGUAUAUAAGGGCAUGCUAAAAUUAUUAUUUUAAUUUGCAAUGAAGGCAAUCCCAGAUUCAUUACAGAAAAUUUAAAAAUGCAAAAAGAUUUUACACAAACUUCAACAAACAUCUUUUUUAAAUGAUCGUAUCAUAAUAACUAUACCUACAUGUAUAAUUGUGUUUAAAUGAAUGUGGAAAAAUGCAGUUGUUCAAUGGUAAAAUAUAAAAUAUAUAAACAUAAAUAUUUGUGCCAAAAAGGAGGGAGGUGGGGUUUUAAGUGUUUUCAUAAAAUCAGAAGUAGAAAAUGUUUUUAUUGUUUUGGGUAUUAUUUUUUAUAUAAUAUUCCAGAUUUUGAAACAUAAAGCAAUACUAAGAACAAAAAAUAUAAAUAUACACAUACACAAAACACAUGUACAAAAGAAAAACAUGCUCCUACAAUAUCAUAGUUGAGCUGUUAGACUUUUUCAUUUUCAUGACCAUUAUAUGGCAAGAUAUUAUUCUUGUAUUUGUUUAAUAGAUGAAAUGAGAUGCCCACAGCCAAGAAGAAAUUUAAAGAUGUAGAUACAGUUAAAACCAGCCAUGAGGAAAUACUCUUAAGUUUAAGGCUUUUCUGAAGUAAAACUUGCUGAUGAAGUGACCAAAACUAUACUGCUGAAUCUUAUUUCCUCUGUGCUUUUGCAGAAUGAAUUCAUGUGUAUUUAAAACUCUUAAGACUGUGAAAACCUUCCAGUUUAAGGGCACCCUGGGUAUAUUUAAAUAUUAUGUGUGUAUAUCUAAUGGGUAGGCAAACAUGAAAUGUCUUUAUGCCUUUUCAUAAACUCAUAUAACAGUAAAUAGUUAGCUGUUAUUGAGCAUAAUUAUGAACCGCAAGAUUAUUUGGUUUAUUACAUUUAUUAUUUUCAUAACGUUCUCAAACAUUGUGCAAUACACAAUGCAUCUGGCAAGAUGACCUUUUGAAUGCAAAACUGUACAACACAAAAAAUAAGGGAAUGUAUUUCAGGUGUGAUUCUGAAACACUGAAGUACUCUCAACACAAAAAUAACAAUGUUUAUAUUGUCUUUUUCCCCCUCAAUGCUUCUAAAAAUACAAUUAGGUCAGUGCCAAGGCACAAUGGUACUGUUUUCAGAUGUGAACGGUAGUGUAGUGAUAUGUAUUGUUCAGUUACUGUGCAUAUGGCUUCAUCUUUCCUAGCAUAAUAAUAAAAAAAACACUAAAACUAGAUACUAGAGAGAUGUUCUGUGAAAUUAAAUAUUUAGAAAAUUACGGACCCUAUUUUUGUACGUUUACAAUGUGGGAGACAUAAAACUUUCCCCCUGAUGUGAAAAUAAAUGUGUGUGAAGAUUAUCCUUCACAAGCUAAGUCAUGUACCAGCUGGCACAUGCUCGAUAUCGGCUCAUUCAAAACACAGUAGAAAUGAGCGACUGACUGAAGCAAAGAAGGCUUUUAGACUUACUAAAGGCAUAAGUUAAACUACGCUGCAGUCACAUGACAUUGUUUUGUUUUGAGGCAUAUGGACUGAAGUAUUGUGAAAGUGGUCAAUAAAAGUGCAAUGAUAUGUGUCCUUCAUAGAAGUAAUUUUGUGCACUGCAAAAAAAUAUUUCAUUUUGUGAUUACACUUAAAAUCUUAUUUAUUUUAAAAUGAGCAAGAUGGAUAAGAUUGAUCUCAAUUAUAAAUUGCCUAUUUUAAAUAUGAUCAGUGUUAGUGUUUCUUUCAUUUCUUAAAAUUUGGGACUAAACAAAUAUGUUUUGUAGAGAGAUAAAUUAUAUUGCUAUUUAAAAUAGUAUUUGUUAUUUUUGCAGUGGAAAAAGAAUCAGUGAUAUGAAUUUUUCUUAAAUUUACAUCUAUGUUUACAUUUAGCUAGAGGCAUUUUAAGAUCAUUCAUAACUGUAAAUUUCUGUAAUCUGUCACUAACACAGUAACUUGACUUCAAAAAAAUGUCCAAAAUCAAAACAAAUGUGUGCUCUCCCGAAAAUAGGGUCCAAAAGGAAUUUUUAAAGCAAAAUACAGUAUCUGCAAAGUGUACAUUUUUGAGAGUGAUUUUAUGGUUCAAUACAGAAAUAAAGAAUUAUGGAGAGGGUGAUGUAUAUUACUAAAUCCCGUUCCACUAUGUGCCAACUGUUGAAUCUGUAUGAACUGUCACAAGUGCUUUCAUUUUUUAUGUUUCUGACAUUUGAUAAUUGUUUCCAUUUUUUUGCAAUGUACUUUUUAUUUGUUUUUGUUUUUUUGCUGCUUUUCUGACUCACAGAACUUUAGAAUGUAAUAUGAUAUUAUUGCCGUGAAGCUGGAAGAGAUUUUUAUUACUAUUUGUUGACAUUUUAAUAGUUUCUGCUUUGUAAAUGUGAGAAAUGAAAAAGAUUAUUGCUGUUUAGACACAUAUUUCAUUGUUUGAGUUUUCUUACAUUGACGGACCAUUGUGUUAUUGUACUACAAAGUACUUUUUGAACAUUAUUAAAAACCUGGAAUUAA